GACACCAAUGCGUGAGGCAGACGCCUAUAAACAGGUAGGCCUACCACCAGUGCGGGAGGCAGACGCAUCCGGAGAGGCACCAAUGCGGGAGGCAGACGUCAAUCAAGAGGUUCCAAUGCGGGAGGCAGAUGCACCCAAAGAGGUGCUGAUUCAAGAGGCUUUUGAAGAGGUUCUGCUAAACGAGGCAGACACAUCCGAAGAGAUUGAAGAUGUACCUCUCAACAUAAGUGACGAAGAUCUACCAGAAUACGACGACGGUUCUAACAUCUGCUCCUUUAUACCGAAGUGGCUCCAACCUUUCUUCCUGUCUCCAAUCUUCUUUCUAGUCUGUGUUUGUCUUGGGCUCUUCGGUGAUGCAGUUGCAGUGGGUGCCUUCAGCGGCAUCACAACCACCAUAGAAUCACGAUUCCGUCUCACUGCAUCCAACCUAGCCUUCAUUGUAAUGACAUACAGUAUUGGGAACAUAGUCGCACUGCCCUUUGUGUCGUACUUUGCUGGGCGACCAAAAGCUAAACGGCCAAUUUGGAUCGCCAAUGGAAUCCUGGUGAUGGGUAUUGGUAUAUUCAUGAGUGGUCUGCCGCAGUUCUUAUUUGACAAACUGGACAUCGUUGAUGGAAAGACAGAGAGCAUAGUGUGCAUGAAUGACACACAGGAUGACCAAUGCCAUAAGUCAGACGCAGUCAAUGCACAAAACGAUGUAGCAUUCUGGGUGUUGAACAUUGGUUCUGUCGUAUGGGGCGUUGGCUACGCGUGUAUACCAGCGAUCGCCCUGUCCUACAUUGACGACAACUGCAAAACAGAAACAACAGCAUUGUUUGCAGGAAUCAUGUCUAGUAUGUACGGCGUUGGGUCCAUGAUUGGCUACUUCUUAAGCUCGUUCGUCUUGACGCUCUGGGUUGAUUUUUACCGUCUCGAGCCCGGAACCACCCUGCCGUCCCCUGAACAUCCAGCCUGGGUAGGAGCUUGGUGGCUCGGGCUCCUUAUCUGCGGUGGCUUCGUCUGUAUUGCCAGUUUACCCGUAUAUGGGUUUCCUCGCAAGCUUCCGAAAAAAACACGAAGUCAGGCUUCGUUGGAAAGGAGUUCAACGAAAGGAGGAACAUCUGCGAAAAUAGGAUCUAAUAUGGAGAUGAAACAAAAAGGUUCAAGAAGUGACCUUAAUGACCGGGUUCUGGAUCACGAAUUCACCGAAGAAGGACCGGUUUGGGGUUUCUUGAAGACCUCAAAACGAUUGUUGACAAACCCAGUGUUUAUGUCCAUUACGUUGUGCAUGAGUUGUCAGUUCGCCAUUUCAUUUGGCUUCACGACUUUCUUUGCCAAGUAUCUGGAAUCGCAGUUUGAAGUCAAUGCAUCCAAUGCCGAUCUUCUGACAGGUGUGACCCUGGUGCCUGCAUACGGUGUAGGAUGGAUUUUGGGCGGGGUCAUUGUCCGUAAGGCUAAACUAGGCUUCGUCAGUAUGUUCGUCUUUGCGUUCGGUUGCAUCUUGCUGGCUGUUGGUGGAUACAUUUUCUCUAUCUUCUUCGGAUGCAGUAAUCCACAUAUAGCUGGCGUGAACUAUGGUUACUUGGGCCAAAGCAAUUUGGAGAUUUCGCUGGUUGCCGAUUGCAACGUUAACUGUGGCUGCACAACAGCUUCAUACCAGCCGGUGUGUGACGAAACUAAUGACAUCAUAUACAUCUCCGCUUGCCUCGCUGGUUGUAAUGAUACUAUUAAUGAUAUGUCAUAUCACAACUGCUCAUGUCUAGCGGAGGGUAUAGAUUCCACAAAGGCAGGGCUGUGUGAGUUCGACUGCAACAUGCUGGUACCCUUCAUCAUCGUACAGAUUAUACAGACAAUGGCGGUGACUAUGGCUGGUGUCCCGCAAACAAUUCUACUACUGAGGUUUGUUGAACCAGAGGACAAGACUUCUGCGUUAGGGUUAAAUCACUUUUUCACAGGCGUGGGUGGUUUAGUUGGUCCAUUGGUGUACGCUGCUGUUGUUGAUCUGUCGUGCACUUUAUGGCAGUCUGUAUGUGACUCUAAGGGUUCUUGUCUGGUUUAUGACAUUGAACUGUACCGUCGCCUCUUCAUGGGCCUGUCUAUGGUUAUAGGGAUCAUGGGGGCGCUGUUUAUUCUGCCAUCGUACUACUUCAUCAAGAAGACCAUUCGCGAACGGCCCGAAAAACUCAACGAAAACUAUGAGAUUUGAACUUGAAGGAUUUGUUAUUUUGUUGAAUCAAGCUAUACAAGCCAGAAUGGAAAACUGACGGCGGGUUGUGGGUAAAAAAUUAAGUUUAAUGAGUUUAAAUUGAACAAAAAAAUUCUGUUCAAUCCCAAAAAAAAUGUGUAGGCCCCCUAUUGUCCCAUUUGCAAAAGUAAAGAUCCAACUGCUCUUGAAAGCACCGUUGCACAAUUGGAGUAGGCUUCUUAGUUUUUAUUCGGAUACUAACCUAGACUUGAUUUCAAGUCUGAUAUCGCUGUUAUUUAACAGCAACAGCCAAGUUCGGGUGAGCGACUGAGACUUGACCAGAAACUGGACGUAGCUCCCGAAAUUACCAUAUCAACUAUGCACAAGUGUGGUUAGUCUAGUGGGUUGCUCUUAGAUCAAACGCCCUAACUCACUGAUGACUGAGGUAAGUCCACAAGAGGGCGCCAUUUCAGGCAAAAGUGGUAGACUAAUAAGCCACUAUCACAGACUUGGAACCAAGUCUAGUUAGAAAUGUGUGCGAUUUUUUCACGUAGUCACGCAUAGUUAUAGCUUGUUUAUGCGUACAAGGCCUACGUGAGAAAAUUCACACUCGCACUGUCUCAUUAUUGGGACCUACAAUGUUGUAACUGAUCAUGGAAGUCACUGAAGUUGCAGUUGCAUUUAUUAAAUUUAUUUAAAUUAAAUCGACUAUAGGAUCUAUAAUAAAUGUUACUGUUAUAACGAAUGUAAAAUAAUAAGCUCCACUCGUCAAUCGGGCUGUAUGCUACGCCACAUAUAACAUCCCACAAUUCAAAGACUUUUGCGUGUAGGCUUUUUUCUCCUAAGAUGAUUUUGUAAUUAGGAUUCUUGCACAUUGUCUAUAACUCCUGCAAUCUGGUGACAACCCCUCUUUAUGUAGUAGACGAUGUGACCUGUGACAUCACAAUGUUUACAAAAGAGACACAGACUAGCCUGGACUUCCUGAAGAAAACAUAAAAUCUUAUAUUUUAUGGAGAUUGCACUGUCUAAUUCGUAUCAAUAUAAUUUUUGGUUUUUACC